GAUAUCUAUUUAUAGCACUAGUCUCUCUGUGACGACGAGGAAAUAUUUCUUCAGAAACCCACCUGUCAGAUCGGGGUCGACUUCACCGUGAAUCUGACCUCUGGCCAGCAGCUGAAACUAAUCUCGCAGGAAAUCAUUUAACCAAGAGCUGCUGUACUUGAACCAAGUGAUACAGGACCUCUGGGCCUCUUGUUUAUAUAAGUACUUGAACCAAGCACCUGAGACCUGAACUUACUUUAAGACAAGAUGGGAGAAAUUCCAACCGUCGCAAAAGUGGUCAUUUUUGUGGUAGGGUUAGGAGCCUUACUGAUUGCUAUACUUGUUCCUAUGAGUUUUAGUUACCUGGAAUACUACGAGUAUGGAUUCCUGCGACAGAAGUCCACAGGCACCGUGACACUCGAUAAAGUGUAUACAUCGGGACGAACGUAUACAGGACCAGAUGUUGAGUUCAAAAUCUUUCAAGCCGAUGCCCAUAAGGUAGAACUUGACGAUAUCACUGUUUUUACGGCUGACAAGCUGGAGGUUGGUGUGACAAUCUACUUUCAAUAUUUCUUGAGGAAGGAGGACCUUACCCUUCUACAUGCUGCGUACGACCUUUACUAUGAAGACGUCAUGAAAUCUAGUGCAACAGAUGCAGUUAAGGGUGCAACAACGACAUUUAAUACAAAGCAAAUGAUCACAGACCGGAAAUUGUUAGAGGAAACUAUAUAUACUGCCGUGAGAGAGAGGCUCGGCGGAACAUGUUGUAGACAGGACUGUUCCUCUUUCCUAAAUGCGUGCCCCGUCGGCUGUAAACCCUACAUUACAUGUGAGACCGCUGACAAAGGCCUGUUUGCAGAUGUGCGGUAUUUCCAGCUUGGUGAAGUGACCAUCUCGGAAUCUGUAAAAGAACGUUACAUGGAGGCUCUGGUCCUUUUGGAGGAGGCUGAGGCUGAACUGCUCAAACAGGAAGCUCAGGUUAUCAGGAAAAACACUACAGCAAUUAUACAAAGAACUGAGAAUGAGGCUUCUGAGAUACAGGAACAGGGUACGGCCGAGGCUGCUUACAUAAAGUCGGUUGCAAGUGCAAAUUAUACCGCCAUCAUUGAAACUGCACGCAGCGAGGGACUUAAAGCAGUAUUUAACAGGCUAGCGGUCACUGAUCAGCAGUAUAAAAGUAGCUUCGACUAUCUACGUACGCUGAGAGGGUUGACCCACGUCCACCUUACUGUCGACUUCCAGCAGCUCAUUGCUGGAAACUUUGGCUCAAACUAAGGAAGACAACAUUCAUUUUUUUUAAUAAUUUUACAGGAGACUGUGAAUGGAGGAAUAGGGAAAUUUAGUAGAAUAUCUUAAUUAAAGAAAUUGAAAUUGUAUUCUUAUAAUUUUAGAGAAACAGCAUUUUUCAUGGCGUUACCAUCUGGAGAUAUAUGUGUGAUACCUUAUUUUUUAGGAACAAGGGAGGUUACUCUCAUUCCAACUCAGGGUGACAGUUAAUAAGUCAAAAAGAGCAGAAAUCUUUUAGUGUUUUAGCAUUAAAGUUAUUCUGCUGAUUUAUGAUUGCGCUAAUUAUUAUACUUUAUGACCUUGUCCAUAACGUAGCAUACUUGGUUUGCUAAUUCAUCGUUUUGUUACCGUAGUCUGUUUAGAUUCUUAUGUGCAAAAAUUUGAGUACGCCAGAACAUAUACGUUCAUGGUAAUAUCUAGUUUAAAUAGCAUAAAUUCAGAAGAUGUGAUAUGGUGUCCAAAUUUGGAAUUUACUUCAAUAACUUCAACUUCAAUUUCAGUUUAUUUAUUGACCUUGAGCUUUACAGCUCAUCAGUACAAACAUGUAUAACAAUUCGUACACUGUUCAGUUGGCGGGCACUGCAUGAUAGCAGUGUAGAACAAACAAAAUAAAUUGUGUAGAGAAUGGACAAUUCAAAAUUAGGGGAUAUACAUUAAAUCAUAGACAUACUUUUUCGUAUUUGUGUAGCAUCAUAUAAAUACUUACUCUGCAUUGACAAAUCUUUGAAAUUAGUUACAUAUUAGUUGGGUCAACUUGACUACAGAUGGGUUUUUCCAGUAGUACUAUUUUUUAAUACAUCUUAAUCUUAGGGUUACCAAGGCCAGUCUAGAGUAUCUAGAGUAUGUAGUAAAAUUUGGUAUUUUUUUUUUACAUACAUAUACAUACUGUAUACAGAAAAAUAAUGAAAUUAAAAACACUCCAAUUAUUUUCAAGAUUUUAGAUGAAAGCACUUUUUUAUUACAAAUCAUCCAGAAAAAAUAUAUAUUCAACAUGACAACAUUUUCAGGCAUAUAUAUACGGUAUGUAUGUAUACAACACAAGAUAUUGUCCAAAUUCAAUGUUAGUUCCUACCUCAUCAAUAUCAUGGUAUGGCAAUGUAUUAACAUCUUAUACAAUAAAAUUAAUUUGAUUGACAGCUGACAUCUUUUCUUUAUGAAUGGAGUCUGUACCUUAAAUGGUUAGUCUGUACCUUUUAUGGUUAAUAUUAACUGUCCUCUGACCGAACUUGUCACACCUGGUAAAACUGACCAAAUUCAUUAAAAGUUGAAAGACAUAAUGUAUAAGAUUGCAUGUGUUAAUCUGACAAUAAUGAAUAUAUGAAAUAAUAUGAUGACUAAAGGUAAAAUUUAUAUGUAGGUAUGGAAAAAAUAACCUCAGAUGGUAAAAUUUAAGGUGGCCAGUGAUAUUAAAAUAGUUCUGAUGUACAGUAUAUGAAAAUGAUGAAAACAGGUUGUAGGAUGAAAUGUUGAUGUUAAGAAUGAGUUCUCAUUAUACUUAUACUUAUUACUUAUACAAUAUAUUUCAAUAAUCUUAACAAGAGAUAAAUUCUAACUAUAGAUAUAGUCUGAUAAGGGACAUAACUCAUUCUAAAUAUAGAUAUAGUCUGAUAAGGGGGACAACCUUUUCUUACUAGAUAUAGUCUGAUAAGGGAGAUAACUCAUUCUGACUAUAGAUAUAGUCUGAUAAGGGACAUAACUCAUUCUAAAUAUAGAUAUAGUCUGAUAAGGGACAUAACUCAUUCUGACUAUAGAUAUACAUAUACAUGUAGUCUGAUAAGGGGGACAACUCAUUCUGACUAUAGAUAUAGUCUGAUAAGGGAGCUAACUCAUUCUAACUAGAUAUAGUCUGAUAAGGGGGACAACCUUUUCUUACUAGAUAUAGUCUGAUAAGGGAGAUAACUCAUUCUGACUAUAGAUAUACAUAUACAUGUAGUCUGAUAAGGGGGACAACUCAUUCUGACUAUAGAUAUACAUAUACAUGUAGUCUGAUAAGGGGGACAACUCAUUCUGACUAGACACUUUAGGAAACAUUUCAGACUUAGUUGUAGCACUGGCUUAGAUACAUGUUUUGUAUGACAGAUCUCACUAAAUAUCCAUUGGAUUAGUUACAUGUACAAAUGUAAUUACAAAAGUAUGGGAAAUCUCAAUAACAUCCAUCGGACUUGUAGUUACAUGUACAAAUGUAAUUACAAAAGUAUGGGAAAUCUCAAUAACUUCCAUCGGACUUGUAGUUACAUCGAAUUACAUGCAAUUUCUGUCAUUUUGACGAAAGUACAACAAAGUCAAUACUCUGAGCAUUACCUCAUGGCAUAUUGUUGAUUGUGUGAUAUUUUUGUUUGAUAUUAAAAGAUGAUGCAAGAACAAAUACUCGGGUACUUGUGAAUAAUUUUUGUCAUUAAGAUGCCAGUUCUGAUUUAUAAUGCUCUAUUUUCUUGUCUUUUUUCUUCGUUUUUAUUAUUUUCUUCUGUAAAACCCAUGCAUAAUCAUGAGAGGUCUUUAGGAGUAUAAUGAUAUACAUGUGUUAAAGCAUUAGCAUAAAAAGGGGAGAUAAAUCCUGGAAGAGCUGAAACAGGGGAAGUAACUCUUCUUAAAAAAUAUAAUGAUAUUAAGGAGUUUUAAGAAAUACCUGGAAUAAAACUUACCUGUAAAUGUUAUACAUACCUGUAUAUGGACCAUGGAUUGGGAAUUUUUGCCAAGUCCCUAUGGUUGGAUUUAACUUAUUUAUUUGUUUUUGUAAUUUGUCAAGAAAAGUGAUAUUUUUGAUACAAUGUACAUACGGUAUGUCAACACUAAAAUCUUAACAAAAUUAAUUUGAAUUUUGAUGACUUAAGUAUAACAAUGUAUAAAAGUGUUAUUCAAGUUAACAAAAGAUCAUUUAUGUUAACAUAUGUUCCUCAUAACAUUUCACUGCCUUUUGAGUUAGUUCCAUAAAUGGUAUUUCCUUUCUCUUAUUCCAUGUUUUGUGAAUUUGUCAGCCAUGGUUUCAGUUUUUGAAACAAUAAGAUGCCAAUAAGGCAUUUAAUUCAAUGUAAUUUAAAUCAAUUUAAUUUAUUACAUAUAACUGUAAGUAGGAAGAAUGAGUGAAUAUUCUAAAAAGUAAUGACUUGGCAAAAAAUAUGGCUAACUUGAAAGGCAGUGAUUUCACUUGGACACUAAUUUUUUAGUGAGAAUCUUUAUCAUAACUAUCGUACCAUUUGUCAAGUUUGUAUUUGUUGAUGAAUAAAUUAUGUAUUGUUAUUUUCAAA